AUGAGGGAGAUUGGAUUACUGUGGGUCACAUUUCUGGCGUUACUGGUGACUGGUACCAGUGCUGAUUACACGAAAUUGUUCGAGCGAUGCACUAAUGAGAAGAACACGUUUGACUGUUUGAAAAGACGGGCUAUUGAUGUGCUGAGUCAAGCUAUCAAGGAUGACUCGAUUUAUGUGGUGAAUGACUAUGUGUCCAUUGCCAAGGAUCCUGCGGCAGCCAGGGAGCAACGAUCGUCGAGUGAGAACACAACAGCUCUCAGUUUGGACGAGCAGCUGGAGAAAAAGUUCAAUGAUUACUUGUCAUCGAGAAGCAUCAAACUCACAAUUCCUGGUGACGCGAUUCAGGGGCGAAAGAAGAAGGACAAGGGAGGCAUGGGAGGCGCUCUGAUGAUGGGAGGUCUGGCAAUGGCAGGUGUAAUGGCGCAGUUGGCGUUUGGAAAGAUUGCUUUUCUCGCGGGUACGGCUCUGCUAACAGCCAAGAUUGCACUCGUGUUGAGUGCCAUUAUCGGAUUGAAGAAACUCGUAUCAAGUAGCGGCGGAGGUCAUGAAGUCAUCUACGCGACCGCCUCGGAACCACAUGGAGGAUUCGGUGGUGGCGGCUACGGGGGCUGGCAGAGGUCUAUUAAUUCAGUGCCCUCAACGUGA